ACCUUCCCAGAGAUGUGGUAUGGCGUCUUCCUGUGGGCCCUCGUCUCCUCCCUCUCCUUCCACGUCCCGGCAGCUUUGCUAGCGCUCUUCACCCUCAGGCAUCACAAGUACGGCAGGGGUGUCUUCCUCAUGUUUCGGCUUUUUCCCCUCUCCACAGGUGCUGCCAUUGCUGGAGUUUACAGAGCUGCGGGGAAAAAAAUGAUUCCCUUUGAAGCCCUCAUUUUAGGAGUGGGCCAGACAUUCUGUGUGGUGGUGGUUUCGUUUCUACGCAUUUUAGCCACUCUCUAG